CUUAACGCAGCGCUCAUCUCCUCCGUGGCAUCCUUGUUUCUUCUCAAAUGUGCGACUUACACCGUCGGCAGAAACAGAGGAUGUUGAGGCCUAAUUCAUGUUAACUGCACACGUUAAUAUGAGGAUGAAGAGAUAAAAUAACGCCUUGUUGAAGUCCCAGUUAAGUUAAAUGAAAGUGGAGUGACAAUGUUUGCUGUUGACUGAAGUCCACUCCAAGAACCAAAAUGAAGAGGAGGUUGCUUCGUGGUUUCCUGUCGGAAAUUUCCAUCCGGAUGGCGCUGUUGAUCGUGUUCCUUGUGACGGAGCAGCUUCCUCCUUUCUACCGUGAGAUCCAGCCAGAGGAGAUGUGGUUGUAUAAAUUCCAUCGUGUGGCGAGAGACCAUGUACCCACUUCUCUUAUGUUUAGUGUAGCAGUUUUCACCCCGCUGAUUGUAAUCCUGGUUUUCACCUUCCUGAUGAAGUCGGAACGAGGCGAUCUAAAAGAAGCCUCGCUGGCUGUGACUUUGACUCUGGUGCUGAACGGAGUUUUCACCAACGUCAUCAAACUUGUUGUUGGCAGGCCGCGACCAGACUUCUUCUAUCGCUGUUUCCCCGACGGUCAGAUGAACCUGGAGUUGCGCUGCAGCGGUGACCCAGAUGUAGUCAUGGAGGGCAGGAAGAGCUUUCCCAGCGGGCACUCUUCCUUUGCCUUUGCAGGUUUGGGUUUCACAGCGCUGUACAUCGCAGGAAAGCUGCGCUGCUUCAGUGCAGCAGGCCAAGGCAGAGCGUGGCGGCUGUGUGCCUUUCUCACACCUUUACUCAUUGCGACUGUGAUCGCCCUCUCCAGAACCUGCGACUACAAACACCACUGGCAAGAUGUAUUGGUGGGUUCUCUGCUGGGCCUCUCCUUUGCCUGGUUGUGUUACAGACAACACUACCCUCCUCUUCAGGACGCUGAGUGCCACAGACCUCUGCGUCACAGAGAGACUGUUCCCGCCGCACAGGAGCGCAAACUGGCCAACUCCAACUACAUCCUGCCCCUGUAGACAGCUAUCUGCUCUGUUACUGGUGUCAUUCAUACUGGGUUACAUGGUAAUCCUUCUAAUUCCAAUUUUCACACCCGUAGGGCUGGGCAGUUAAUAUUUAUUGUUUAUCGUCAAUCAUUGUAACUGCAUUGUGGGAUUUCUUUUUGUAUGGUGACACAUGGUGUAUUUUCUAAACUAAAAAAGACUAAUGCCACAUUUCUUCUGAAUGGUUUCUGAAACACUUGAGUUGCUGUAAAUAACAACUCCAGUUUAACAACUACAUAAACAACUUGAAGUGUGAGUUUCCAAACCUAAACCGACAUCAUUACAUAUAAAAGUUAUCAACAUUGAAGGGCCUGGUGGAUACGAUGACUUUUAUUAUUUUCCAUAAGGCCCAGCCCUUCACACGCUGUGUAUUGUGCCUAUAGAUUACAUCACUUUAAAUACGCACAACAGCUGAGCAGGUCAACUACACAAGCACUGCACUAAUAGUCCACUGCCCAUCAACCGCCGGCUCAGCUGCUGUGUUUCUCAUGUUGGAACGCUUUUUGGGGAUUGUUUUGUAAACUUGCAACUUUUUCAACAAGCAGGGUUGAGGUUCGUGCACAGAUGUUCAUUCUUGACUUUUGGGAAAACAAUAUAUGGUAAAGAGAAUCAGAGCUCAACCGUAUGCCGAAACGAUUAUGUGGUUAAUUGACAACACUUUUGAUAAUUGACUAAUUUUUUGGUUGUUAAACCCUUGGGUUUUUGCAGCUUCUUAAAUGUGAAGAUUUGCUGCUUUUUUAUCAUUGUGAAUUUAAUGUAUAAAUGUUGGUAAGACAAAACAAGCAGUUUGAAGUUUUGACAUUUAUCAGACUAAAUCAUUAACUAAUCAAUUAAUAUAAAAGAAUACUUAAGAUGUUAGAUAACUAAAAUAAUUUUUUAGCUCAAGCUCAAAAGGGUCCUUUUAUUAAUGAUUGAGCGCUUUCAACUGCAUCUCGAAGUCUUCUUCUGCAAAUGGAGCUGGUUCAGGUGUAAUCACGAGAACUGAAUGUGAAACAACAGCAGACUGAAAGAACACCAUAAGGAGAUCCUUGAACCAAUACACGGGUUAAAAUCUCUCCUCCGUACACGACCACUUGUUUUUUUUGAUGUCCCUUGAGCUGGCUCCGCUCGAAGACUGAGAUAAUUUUGACAGUUGCAAAUAAUUAGCAAGUGGACCUUUUGAGUUUAGAUCAUCUGCACCAUAUUGUAUUUGAUUUGACAGUGCCAAACUGGUGUAGUAAGAGGUGUUUAUGUGGGCUGUUUGUAUCUAAAAGUAGGGGUGGGUGAUACGGAUAAAAUCCUCCAUCAGUAUAUGUCAUUUUACACCAUCAUAUCUGUGAAAAGGCUCAGAAAUGUCCUAAACCAACUGGGCAAUGUAGUUUUUAGUAAGCAUUACUCAUCCAGGAGUAAAUAGUGCAUUUGUUGGGGACUAGUUUCAGCUGUGGAUUAAUACACAUUUAGUGGCCAUGUUGCUUUGGGACAACAAUGAAGGUCUAUGGCACAAAUGAAAAAGAUAUGUCAGGCUUUGUUUACACACAACACUUUUUAGUAGGAUCAAUUCAUUGUUUGUUUUUGAUUUGUUUAAAAACAAAAAAGUACGAAAUAUCACCAGACUUCAUGAUAAAAAUCUCUAACAUUUGACAAAAUUGCUAUCGUUCUACGGUACAUAUGGCCCACCCUGCUCUGAAAGCACCUUUGUGCGUAAAGCAGGUUAAUCAAAACCACUUGGUCAGUUGUAUAUCUUCAAUCUAUCUCCACAUUGCUCCACUGUUUCUGAGUGCUUUAAAUCUUUCUGUCUUCCUAUAUUAUAUUUAGAAUGUUUCCAUUCACAGAUUGUUUGAUUAACAUCUGGAAAGGGUUCAUGUGCCCAGUCCUUAGUAUAACGCACUGAUGUAGCAGCUCCACUCAUCUCUUCUCACAGUUUUUGCAGUGCUUGCUGUACUUUCUUUGUGACAAACACAAAUGGUAAUCACAACUUUGUUCAAACUAAGACAGCACAUCUGUUGAUAUAGUUAAUAUGACUGUAAAAGAAGGUUUUCCUACACGAGUGGUCUCAGGCUGACUGUAGGUCUGGUUCUCGUAACUCUUCUGGCUCCUCUGCCAACAAUUCUGAAGUGUGAAUGUUCACCAGAAGUGUACAGGGGUUAGUUGUUGGAGUGACAGUGACACCAGGUCUUUCUGAUGAACCUGAGUGCGGUCAGAUUGUAACCUCUUCAGGUGAUGGUGCUAGCCUCCCAGUGCUCCUUCUGGUGAGGUUUUCUAUCCUGUUAAUUGUUUUAUUGGCACGUAAAGGUUUUUGUUUUCUGGAAGUUUUCAUCAACUUUAACUUUAGACCGUAAAUGCUAAAGUCUGUGAUUCAGUUAUGAUUUAACAACUUUUUUUGUGGUCUUUCUGUUGUGUUUGUAAGAUUGGUUUUCAAUUGGAAAGGUUGAAAACAUGAGAAACAACCAAACCUCUUUAUGUUUCUGUUUGUGUGUGCAAUCAGCCAAAAUUUUGCGGGGUCAAAGCACACACGUCGCCGUGAAUCAAGCAGCUGGAUCUUAGUAGUUUCAGACCAAACUUGGCAGAGAAAAACAGAUGAAUUUGUGCCUUUGUUUACUACAUUCAUUUGUUACUCUUAGUUAAAGAAUUAAUUAUAUACUGCAUGUGCUCCCUGUCACGUACACAACUUUGUUCUGAAUCUUAUUUUAUUUAAUUUUUUUAAGUGUAUAGGAGUCCGUUGGGAAUAUACUACAUGAUGUUUAAAUGUGGCAUGCUGCCUUUCUUUACCUCAGAAAAAAAAAAUCUUUCUUUCCAUAAAUGUUAUUGUUGAUGGAGUCAAAUGUGAAAAUGUCUGGGUGAGAGAGUAGCUAAGAGAAGGAAAAACUUAACUUUUUACAAAACUUAGACACAAAUAAUAUCUUACGUUACUUGGUCAAUCUUACAGGUAUUAUGAUAUGACGUAUAGGUCUAAGUGUAUUUAAUUUUGGGGCAUGUAGGAGUUUACUUGAAUUUUGAAUAUUUGUUUGUUUACCUUAAAUGUGAUCAUGUUAUUUCAUGAAAAUAGGAAUCAUAUUCGUGGGCACGUGGCUUUCUGGGGGAUCUUUAGACAAAAAAAAUGUAUUAGACUUUGCUGCAUUUUGAUAAAAUCCUGCAUGUUUCACAGCUAAAUGGCAACAUAUUUACUUCAUUACUUCCUUCCAAAUCCCAUCAAUCCAAUCCAUUUCCAUCUGUUUCUAUUCAUUUAUGUGAGUUUCAGUACAUGAAUACUGUAUCAGGUUGUGGAUUAUGUCUGGUUUCUUUCAGAUCUUCUGUCAUUACAAGGGAUGAUACUAAAACUUGCCUGUUUGCUUUAUUUAUGUCAUGCUUAUCAUAAUUUGCCUUGGCUUGUAUAGCAGCCACUUUUGCUGAUAUCCUGAUUGUACAUGUUGUGAUGCUUUUAACAACUCUUUUGGUGACACUAAAUGAUGUUUCUAAAUAAUCUUGCAAUACACACUGUCCUUUGCUUAUUUUC